UUGAAAAACGAAUUAGUUAUUCACAUUUGCGCAUCGUACGACGACGCACGUCGCCAUUUUGUUAUUUAGUUUAUUUUUUUAAUUUUACGUUUUGUUGUUUGGACUUUUUGACAAUUUGUGAUAUUUUGUCGUGUGUUUUUGAUUUUGUGCUUCAUUGUAUUGGUUACAAUAAAAUUUCUUUUGGAAUAAACCUGUAGAAGCUAUGUAUGAAACACAAGGAUAUUUGGUCUAAUCUUGUGAUACUUCAGAACGGCAAAAAUGUCCGACAACGAAGGACCAGUCACCGUAGACGAUCUGCCUAUAUCCUUCCAGGUCAAAUAUCUUGGCCAGAGCGAUGCAAGAGGAUUAUGGGGAAUCAAACACACAAGGAAACCAGUAGACCUCAUGGUGGCAGCAGCAAAGGCACUUCCGCCAGGUCAGAUAUUACCAAUAGUGAAGUUAACGAUCACAGUAGACGGAGUACACUUAGAGACACUCAACCAUGGAACGAAGAGAGAUGAGUUCGAACACAUGUCGGUGUUCUUCAACAUCGAGUCGAUAUCGUACGGAGUCCAGGACCUGGUGUACACGAGGGUGUUUUCCAUGAUCAUUGUAAAGGACAACGCUGAUGUGAAGGGGUUGAAUCCUUUCGAAUGCCACGCGUUCGUUUGUGAAUCAAGAAAUUCAGCUAGGAGAUUAACGUAUUCCCUGGCAGCAGCUUUCCAAGACUAUUCAAGAAGAGUGAAGGAAAUGCAGGCACAGCCGGAGCUUGAUGACAGGCCGCCAAGCAUGAAAAAGAAGUUCGCUAUCGACCUUAGAACUCCUGAAGAAAUCGAAGCAGAUUUGGAAACUGAAGCAUAAAUUCUAUUAAUUAAACUUAAAUCUAAUUACAGACAUGUCUCCGGGCCAUUAAAUUUAUUAAAACAUUUUGGACGUGAAAAAGAAACGUCGGACUAGACUGCAUGGUUGAAGACCUUUGCCUUCUCUUUUUAAAAACGAGGAGAAAAUAAAACCAAAAUAAAAUACUAAAAUCUAACUGGUCCUUUGAUAUUGGGCACACGAAAUCGCGUGAUCAUAAUUCAUUUUAUCAUAUCGCGUUAUGCAUCAUAAUAUACUAUUGGUUGAUAAAAUUAUGACAUAUACAUUCAAUGAAUGACGCAUAUUAAUUAAUGUGCUAUAUUUGUGCAUAGAUAUCUUGCAUAUUCGAAAAUAUCGUAUCAAGUAAAAUUCAUGUAAAUUGACAGUAUGGCGCGAUAUCACGCGAUUCGUUCAAUCUGAGUACAUAAAGAUUUAUAUUCUCAUCUGCGUGAGGUAUAGGUAAUAUAUUCAAUUAUUUAUAAAAAUAUAACAAAAUAUUUUCUAAUGUUUUUACCAAAGGAUGUCAUAUAUACAUUUCUAGCUUUAUUUAUUGUUUAACAAAAAGCAUUCCCUAUUUCUGUUGAGUUAUUCACUUCGACGUUCUAGAUCGCCUAAGUUUAUUUACUAUAAUAAUUUCAGAGGACAUGACGAAUGAGUAUAUUAGUAUAGCCUGACCAGGAAAAUAAAAAAACCUUGCCGUGCUGAGGCCAAAUAUGGAACUAUUUUUUUGUACUGACAUUAUUAAUAAUGAAGAAGCGAAAGUGGUGCCCUCGAGAACAUUUUUUUUUAUUUUUCUGGUCUGGCUAUAAGGCUCUAUAUCCUUGUCUGAGACUUUACUGUUCUACCUGAACGUUUGUAUUAGAACAAUUGAAUUUUCGAAUAAUACGAAAACGUACAGUUAGAAUGUAUAUUCGAGAUUAAUUUUAUGAAAUUUUGUGAUUACUUAGAUUUAAGUUAUAAUAAGAAAUUUACAGUGUAAUUAGAAUCAGGGGAAACAAAUAGUUCACAGCGUAAGGAGUCGCGUAGACAGUUAAAGCUAAUUGCGUCUGCGCAAUACCUAAAAUGAUUUUUCAAUUGGUACAUUAAAAGAAUUCAAAUAAAUUUGAUUGAAUUCUAUCUAACGGACGCUUCACAUUUUUUUUUAAUAUUCCGACUUUAAAACAAAAGGAUUUUCUUAAUUCGUAUUCGUUUUUUUGACAUAUUGUUUCCUGUAGAAAACUUGGGCAAGUAACUCAUCCGUCUGAGAAAAGUAUAAUAUGUUGACUCGUGAUUGAAAAAUCAAGCCUUGACUAAAAAAAUCAGGACAUAUCGCCAAUUUCUGCACUGGUUCUAUUUAUUUCAUAUUUAGCUUGUAAAUUAUUAUUUUGUUAAAAUACAGUUUGUUGCGAGUAA